AUGGACGCCCUGCCCGUCGAGCUCCUGAGGCUCAUCUUUGCUCACUGCGACCGUGCCGCCGUCAGAGACCUCCGCGAGGUCUGUCGAGCCUUUGCCAACGUCGGAUAUGAGUAUAUGCUGCCGCCCAAGUUCACCAUCCUUGGCUUCAGGAACGACAUUGACCGGCUUCGCAACAUCGCCUUGCACCCCCAGCUGAGGGAAUACAUCGAGUCUGUCGUCAUCAACUUCUCGGACGUGGACGAAUAUGAUGCCAGACACACCGCUUGGUUGCAACUCUUCGCCCAACUGCCGGAAGACCGUCAACUAACCUUGAGCAGUGCAUGGGGGGAGUUUCCCAAGAUCACAGCGAGUCGCAAGGUGCUGGGCCAGUUUCACCUGAGGGCCGAUGAUUUGCGACAAGCCUUCCGGGGCCUACCCAACUUAACAGAGGUCGACGUUACCUUCACGCAAUGUCCGGUGGAUAACGAGGUUUUGCGAGAUGUCUACGACGUACCUAGCUGCCGCAGAAUGGACCGUACGGUCGCCUGUAACAACCUGAACGCCGUCAUCUCUUCCCUACAAGGCGUCGAGCUGUCUUCAUUCUCGGUUGACCGGUUCCCGCUGGAGAUUCUUAGGAUACCAGACUUCCGCAGGCACUGGUUCGCUCACGCCCAAGUACUCAACAGCCUCACCCGUCUGGAUCUGACGCUGGAUCCAUCCGGUUUGCAAGGACCUGCUUCCGUCAGGAAGGCCGUCAACGGACUGAGUUACUUGCUACAGCGACCGGCCGAGCUGCGUUGCCUCAAGAUCGCGUUUCACCCUUACUCGAGUCCAGACUCGAAAUUUGGCCUCUCGCUUCGAGAGUUGUUGAAUGGGUUCACGUACCGCCAACUUACCGACCUGACUUUGGCUGGCAUCUCGUGCGACGAAGACGACCUGAAAGACUUCAUUGCGCGGCAUGGGGCUACGUUGCGCCGGCUUCGCUUGGGUGGCCGUGGGUUGGCGAAGCCAUACCAAGCCUCGCUGGGAGGAUUGCACUUUUACGAGGGUACAUUCAGAUCGCUCUUUAUGGGACUGCGUUCCAAGUUGACGAAACUCGAGCGUUUGCAUCUUGAAGGUAUCUUUGAGUGCGAGCAGCAGUUCGAAACAUACAAUUUCUAUCCGCUGACGAACGAGAAGUGGGAGGAGGUUCCGCGCCCUGGUUGGGUUCGGCCUUCUCGUGAAACCAUCAAUUGCUUGCCGUUCGAGCAAUUUCUGCUUUCCGGAGGGCCCUACCCAGGUGCUGCAACGGGUCAACAAAAUGAUUAA